CGCCUGGUGCGGAUGAACAUGCCGAUCUCACCUGAGGAUUUAACCGUCCACUUCACGUCCACCCUGAUGGCUUUGAUCCGCACUGCCCUAGAAAUCAAACUCGCCUCAGGGGGUGUUAAACAGCACCAGUGUGAUGCUGAGUUGAGAAAGGAGAUCUCACUGGUUUGGCCCAAUCUGUCCCAGAAGACUCUGGAUUUGCUGGUGCCUCCUCACAAACCCGAUGAGAUGACGGUGGGGAAGGUCUACGCAGCGCUGAUGAUAUUUGACUUCUACAAGCAGAAUAAGAACAGCAGGGAACAAGUCAACCAGCCUCCUGGAGGCCUGUGCCAGCCUGGACCAGUGUCACUCUUCCACCCCCUGAAGGCCACUUUGGAGCAAACCCAACCCACAGCAUUCAACAACGCCAAGGCAUUCCUUCGCCAGAAGAGCUCAGCCUCCCUCAACAACGGGGGCGCCUUACCAACCCCAGAGGGUGGGAUCAAAGAGUCCAGUUCUUGGGGGACUCAACGCACCCAGGAUGUGUUUUAUGAAACCAGGACACCAGCUUUUGAACGAGGCCACUCAGAAGAAAUCCCCAUUGAGCGGGUGAGCAAACAGGUGGUAGAAAUGAAGGAAAUCAGCCCCACCCGUGCCAACGGAGAGCACCAACCAGGCCUGGAGAGCCAGGGGCGGGCAGCUUCCAUGCCACGCCUGGCUGCCGAAACUCAGCCUAGGAGCAAAGCACGGUCACCUGGGAGUUACCUAGCACCUAUCCCAGACACGAGCCCCAUGAAGCGCUCGGUCUCCACGCUGACCCCACAGCGCCCACAUGCCAUGCACCUCUACGAGUACUCUUUGGAACGCAUGCCACCAGAGCAAGGGCAUCACCACCAUCACCACCGCUGCCACCGGAGGAAAGAGAAGAAGCAGAAGUCCUUGGACAGGUCCCCCCAUCAGCUGGCCGAUGGAGAAUCUUAUUCCAAGGACAAGAAGCAAGAACGUGGCCGGUCCCAAGAGAGGAAGCAGCACUCUUCCUCCUCCUCUGAAAAGCAGCGUUUCUAUUCCUGCGACCGCUACGGCAGCCGGGACCGUUCUCAGCCCAAGUCUGCUGAUCCGAGCAGGCCCACCUCACCCAACGGAGGGCCAGAGCAAGGUCCACACAGACAGGGCAGUGGUUCAGUUAAUGGGAGCCCCUUGCUGUCGACAUCUGGUGCUAGUACCCCAUGCCGGGGUCGGAGGCAGCUCCCACAGACUCCACUCACCCCACGCCCCAGCAUCACUUACAAGACCGCUAACUCCUCGCCCGUCCACUUCACCAGUUUCCAAACUGCUCUGCCCACAUUCUCCCCGGGACGACUGAGCCGAGGUUUGUCCGAGCACAACGCCCUGUUACGUGGGGACCAACAACCGACCCCACUGGCCGUGGCCCGUAUCGGCUCUGACCCUUACCUGGGACACCGUGAUGACACCGACAGCCCCUACCGCGCUGUGCCGGAGGACACCCUCACCUUCGAGGAGGCGGUGGCCACCAACUCGGGACGGUCCUCAAGGACUUCUUACGUCUCUUCUUUAACCUCCCAAUCUCACCAAAUCCGGAGGGUGCCCAACGGUUACCAUUACACGUUGGGUCUCAACACAGGUCCCGGGACUGGCACCAGAGGACGUAGUUACUACCACGAAGCCGAUGAGGAUGACUGGUGCUAG